AUAAAGCGUGUGAAGAAAUCUUUCCGGUGUAGUUGGGACGCUUUUGAAAGCUUAAUAUUCGGUUUCUUCAGUUUUGUGCAGCAGUCUGAAAACGCAGUAAUGUUUGAGACCAGUCAAGACGACCUGUUCCUGUUCCCCACUGAAGGCCUGAAUGAGGCGUUCUUCCCCGAGGAGGGUUUAGGUGGUGGUGGUGGUGGUCUAUCUCUAGCUGAGGCCUUGCUUCCCUUGGUCGAGUCUCCCUCUCCCCCAAUGACCCCUUGGCUCUGCUCCACCCGCUACAAGACUGAACUGUGCAGCCGUUAUGCGGAGACGGGUACCUGCAAGUACGCCGAACGCUGCCAGUUUGCCCAUGGCCUCCAUGAUCUCCAUGUGCCCUCCCGUCAUCCCAAGUACAAAACGGAGCUGUGUCGUACCUACCACACUGCUGGCUACUGCGUUUAUGGCACACGCUGUCUGUUUGUGCACAACCUUAAAGAGCAGAGGCCUAUCCGUCCUCGGCGCAGGAACGUGCCAUGCCGUACUUUCCGCGCAUUUGGGGUUUGCCCGUUUGGCAACAGGUGCCACUUUCUCCAUGUUGAGGGAGGCUCUGAAUCAGAUGGUGCUGAGGAAGAGCAAACCUGGCAACCUCCGUCACAAUCCCAAGAGUGGAAGCCUCGUGGUGCCCUCUGCCGCACAUUCAGUGCUUUCGGCUUCUGCCUCUAUGGCACCCGCUGCCGGUUCCAGCAUGGACUUCCCAACACCAUCAAAGGUCACAAUGCCAACCACACGUCCUGGCCUCAGCAGAUGACCAACGGAGGGUCUAUUUCGCCAAUCUCUGACACCUGCACUUCACCAUCUCCACCUUCCUCGUCUCCUACAUCUGCGUUGCCGUCUCCGGUCUAUCCCGACAGCUCCGGUCCCAUCACGCCUCCAUCAGUGGAAGCGGUGGCCAAUAAUGCCUUCACCUUCAGCAGUCAGCAUCUGAAUGACCUGCUGCUCCCUCUGGCCCUUCGGCUCCAGCAGCUGGAGAAAGCUGCCAGUGCUGGUCCUCAAGACGUCCUGGAUAAACCGCUGCUGUAGUGAAGUCUGGCAUGCAGAUGAUCCCUGGAGAUGACUUUUAACUGUGACUGUACUGUGCUGAAUUCAUGUUUAACCCUGCUUUUAUUAGUUACUGUGUACAGUGUGUGUGGGUUUUUUUUUAAUUGCCUUUUGAGACCAAUUCUCAAAUGCUUGCUUUUUAUUUUCUUAAUUUUAAGUCUGUCUUGUACUUCUGAGGACACUUAUUUUGACAGACUGAAUGAAGCCCCUUAAGUGUGUGAACUGAUUUAAUUUUUACUGUUGUACAUAUGAAGGAUUUGAUUUAUGAAUGUUUCUAACUUAUGGAUUUUUCAACUUAAUGACCUUUAAAUUAUAUUAGAAACAUCAACAUCCUUGGAUUUUAAUAAAACCUCUUAAU